AUGAGCGGAAGCGAGCUUGAUGGCAGUCCGUCACAGGACAGAGUAGUUGUCGUGCGUUUCUCUGAUGAACAAAUGGAAGAUCUACCUCUGAACGUGAACAAUGUAUCUCUUAGCGACGUGAAUACCAGCUGGCUCCGUCGCAUGUGCCGGCAGCUGCGAGGCCGGUCCUUAAGCAACAGAAAGCUAAGAUUCAUAAGAAGCGGCCGCUUCUUAAAUGCAAGCACUGAUUUGCAGCUUCAGCGCUACUUCGAGAGUACAAACGAUAAGUUCUACGUGCACUGCAUCGUGGGUCAGGAACUCACGCCCCAAGAACUUGCGAAUGAAGAUUCAGUAGAUGAAACACAGCAAAAUACAGAGGGGACCACUACUCAAGCUAUUGGGUUUGACAGACUUCGUGCUGUGGGCUUCAGUGACGAAGAAAUCGAGCUUCUGCGGCAACGGUUUCGCAGUACUUACGGCGACCUUGAGGAGCUUUCAAGGGACAAUGGUGAAGGGCAGGACAUUCGACAGCUUGAGGAGCACUGGAUGGAAACCGGGGCAAAUGACGAAAACGACCAGUUGGGUGCCGUUGGCAUCGCUAAUUAUAAACACAAUAAAGAUCUACUAAUAGGGCUGGUGGUCGGAUGUGUGCUUGGGGUAUUCAGCUUUCUACUAAUGAAACAGGAAGGUCUGUUUAACAAGCGCCAAAAGCUUGCUAUGGUCGGCGGACUCCUUAUAAAUAUGGGUUUCGGAGCUAUGUUGGGUUUCUCGCGGGAUUAG